AUGACAAAAAACAAAGCGCGUGAAGUUGUUAGCCUGCAUGUUGGACAAGCUGGAGUUCAAAUUGGUAACGCUUGUUGGGAAUUAUAUUGCUUAGAACAUGGAAUACAACCAGAUGGUAUUAUGCCAAUGGACUCAACGCUUGGUAUCGAAGAUGCGUCCUAUAAUACUUUUUUCAGCGAAACUCAUUCCGGCAAGCAUGUACCUCGGGCAAUUUUUAUCGACUUGGAGCCAACUGUAGUCGAUGAAGUUCGAACUGGAACAUAUCGAACUUUAUUUCACCCAGAGCAGUUGAUAACGGGCAAAGAAGAUGCUGCGAAUAAUUAUGCUCGAGGUCAUUACACUAUUGGAAAAGAAUUAAUCGAUGUAUGCAUGGAUCGAAUUCGAAAGUUAACAGAGAGAUGCAAUGGUCUGCAAGGUUUUUUAGUAUUUCAUUCAUUUGGUGGUGGUACUGGUAGUGGUUUUGCAUCACUUAUGAUGGAACGACUUUCAAUUGAUUACGGUAAAAAAGCUAAAUUAGAAUUCAGCAUUUAUCCUGCACCACAAAUAAGCACCGCAAUGGUCGAACCAUAUAAUUCCAUUUUAACUACGCAUACCACUUUGGAACAUUCAGAUUGUUCAUUUAUGGUCGAUAAUGAAGCAAUUUAUGAUAUUUGCCGAAGAAAUCUCGAUAUUAAAAGUCCAACUUAUACAAAUUUGAAUCGACUAAUAGCACAAAUUGUUAGUUCAAUAACGGCAUCGUUGCGUUUCGAUGGUGCUCUUAACGUUGACUUAACCGAAUUUCAAACAAAUUUGGUACCCUAUCCACGCAUUCAUUUUCCACUAGCAACAUUCUCACCUAUUAUUUCAGCUGAAAAAGCAUAUCAUGAACAAUUGUCGGUAGCCGAAAUUACAAAUAAAUGUUUUGAACCAGGAAGCCAAAUGGUUAAAUGUGAUCCAAGAAACGGCAAAUAUAUGGCUUGUUGCUUAUUGUUUCGUGGUGAUGUCGUUCCAAAGGAUGUCAAUUCAGCGAUUGCAGCAAUAAAAACUAAGCGAACUAUUCAAUUUGUUGACUGGUGUCCAACUGGUUUCAAACCUCCAACAAUCGUGCCUGGAGGUGAUUUAGCAAAAUUACAACGAGCUGUCUGCAUGCUGUCCAAUACAACUGCUAUUGCAGAAGCCUGGUCUAGAUUAGACCACAAAUUCGAUUUAAUGUAUGUUGGAGAAGGAAUGGAGGAAGGUGAAUUUUCAGAAGCACGUGAAGAUAUGGCUGCACUGGAAAAAGACUAUGAAGAAGUUGGAGCAGAUUCAUUUGAUCCCACAGAGGAAUAUUAA